CUCCACACAGCCUGCUUCCGGAACGAAACUGAAAUCUGCACUGUCACUGCAGACCAGCCCUCAGUCCGCCUUGCCCUGCCUGUGAGACGCCGAUACCAACCCUGUCAUGACUCUGCUGUUUACAGUCUUGCUAAAGGACCUAAAGGACAGCAGAAGAAGCCCUUAGAAGACGAAGACGAGACCAAAAUGGCAUCUACAAGCACACUAGAGGACGAUCUCAUAUGCUGUGUGUGCUGUGACAUCUUCAGGGAUCCUGUUGUUCUGUUGUGCAGCCACAGUGUGUGUAAAGCCUGCCUAAAGAAGUUCUGGAAAUCUAAAGGAUCUCGAGAAUGUCCAGUUUGUAGGAAAAAGUUCUUCAAAGCGAACCCUCCCCGGAACCUCGCCCUGAAGAAUGUGUGUGAGGCUUUUCUAGAGAGCCAGAACCAGAACCAGAACCAGACAGCCUUAGCUUCAACUUCAGCUUCACCUUCAGCAGAGACUGAGGUGCUCUGCACUCUGCACAGUGAGAAACUCAAACUCUUCUGUCUGGAUGAUCAGCAGCCUGUGUGUGUGGUGUGUCAUCUAUCAAACUCUCAUGAAAAUCACCGCUGCUGUCCAGUUGAUGAAGCUGUAUAUGACCUUAAGAAUAAACUCAAGUCUGCUUUGGAGCCUCUACAGAAGAAUCUGAGAGUCUUAGAGGAAGCUAAACGAGACUAUGACCAAACAGCCGCCCACAUUAAGACGCAGGCCCAGCACACAGAGACGCAGAUAAAGGAGGAGUUUGAGAAGCUUCACCAGUUUCUAAGAGAUGAAGAAGCAGCAAGUAUAGCUGCACUGAAGAAGGAAGUGAAGCAGAAGAGUCAGAUGAUGAGGAGGAAGAUUGAGGAGAUGAAUGGAGAAAUAUCAGCUCUUUCAGACACAAUCAGGAACAUAGAGAAGGAGAUGGAGGCUGAGGACGUUCUGUUCUUACAGAAUUUCAUGUACACAGAAAAACUAGCUCAGCUCACAACAAAGGAUCCAGAAAAGACAUCAGGAGCUCUCAUCAAUGUUGCUAAACAUGUUUCCAACCUGAAGUUCAGAGUGUGGGAGAACAUGCAGGAGAUUCUCCAUUACACCCCUGUUACUCUGGACCCCAACACUGCACAUCCAGACCUCUACAUAUCUGAAGAUCUUACUACUGUGGAAUUUAGAAAAAAGAAACCAUCACUUCCAGAUAAUCCAGAGAGAUUUGAUAAGUUCAGGUGUGUUCUGGGUUCUGAGGGGUUUAACUCAGGGAUUCACUGCUGGGACAUCCAGGUUGGAGACAGUGAAAACUGGGAACUGGGUGUGAUCAGAGACUCUGCACCGAGAAAAGGAUUUUCUUUCCUGGGUUUGAUGUUUAGUAUGUACUACCAUCAAAGCAGUGAUACAUAUUUGGUACACUGCCCUGAACAGCCAGAUCACAUCCUCACACCUACACAGAAGCUGCAGACGGUCAGAGUGCAGCUGGACUGGGACAGGGGGAAAGUGACCUUCACUGAUCUUCUAACCAACAAACAUCUGCACACUAUAACACACACUUUCACUCAGAGAGUUGUACCGUUUUUCAAUAAUAUGAGUGAACUGUGUCCCCUGACGAUCUUACCCAUGAAAGUAUCAGUAAAAGUGGAACAGGGUUAAUCUGUGUGUCAGAAUCAGAAUCAAGCUUUAUUGGCCAGGUAUGUGUACACAUACAAGGAACUUGGUUUUGGUUACAGGAGCUCACAGUGCCCAGUAUCAGACAGACAUUUACAUGGUGUGAAUCAAAUAAAAUAAAUAUCAAAUAAAAUGCAAUAAAUGAAAAUACAAAAAAACUGGACGCAGGACAGCUACAUAACAAGCUGCUCCAACUCGGCGUGCCAACCCCCACUUGCCAGUGGAUGACCAAUGUCUUCACUGGCAGAGAGCAGCAGGUGAGGUUGGGAAAGUUCACCUCAAACAGGGUUGUGUCCUCUCACCAUUGCUCUUCUCACUGUACACGAACGACUGCACCCCCACGGAUCCCUCCGUCAAAAUCUUGAAGUAUGCAGAUGACACUACAGUCAUUGUUCUCAUCUGAGGUGGUGACGAGUCUGCUUACAGACGGGUGGUAGAUCAGGUGGUUCUUUGUGCUGAACACAGCAAAAAAAGUGGAGAUGACAGUGGACUUCAGGAAGAGCCCUCCAGCCCUGCCAGCAGUCACCAUCCUGGACAGAACUGUGAUGGCAGUGGAGUCCUGAAAGCACAGCAAUCACCAAGAACCUGAAGUGGGACAACAACAUGAGCUCCAUCACCAAGAGAGCCCAGCAGAGGAUGUGCUUCCUGCAUCAGCUGAGGAAGUUCAACCUGCCCCAGGAGCUGAUGGUGCGGUUCUACACAGCCAUCAUAGAUUCUGUCAUCACCACGUCCACCACAGCGUGGGGCAGCUCAGCCACCAAGCAUGACCUCCACAGACUGCAGCGCAUCAUCAUUUUGUAAUCUGUGUAUUGCUUACCAUAACCUUCAUAAUGAUGCCGAACACAUCGCUCGCAAUACAAUGAAAAACUGUGGUUCAUCGGAAUACCAUUAAUAGAGAUUCCAGAAAACGACAUACUUUCCCAAACUGUCUUCUGUUUAUUUAUGUGUAAUCUUGUACAUGUGAGAGAUUAUUGUUCUAAAACGUGUACAGAGAAACCAACACAUAUGGUCAGUACAGUGAAUGAGACGCAGUAUUAAAUAUAUGUGUAUAUAUACCCAAAUUUUACCCAGUUUAUGCGUUCAUGAGAAACUGUUAAUUGGCAUAAUGUAUAAAAGGAGAAAUCAGCUCAGCCUAAUGUUACAAGCUAACUGAUCAUAUUUAUUUAUUUGGGUUUCUCAGCUUAGUAUAGAAUCUGUUUUAUUGUGUUAUUAUUAUUAUUGUUAUUGUUAUUAUUAUUAUGCAUUUACCUUCCACAUUAAAUGUUUU